GUGAAUCAGAGGAUGGUUGGAUUUUCAUCUUCAACUCUUAUUUGAAGGACUGGCAAAUUGAUGAUAGGCCACCAUAGAAAAUAUUUUCAUCUAUGACGACUGGUGAACCAAAGUCUCCGCAUCUGAUGCAGUUGGUUGACAUACAAACGUUUCUUCAGUGCCUUCCUAAGAAUUCUUUCAGAUGGAAUGGCAGAUCUAGCUAGUUAUGGGAAUCCUGAGCGUGACAUUGAGCAGGCACUUAUUGCUUUAAAGAAAGGAUCUCAAUUGAUUAAGUAUAGUCGGAAAGGAAAGCCAAAGCUUUGCCCAUUCAGACUUUCUAUUGAUGAAAGAACAUUGAUCUGGUACUCUCAUGGACAGGAAAGAAACCUGAAGUUAUCUUCUGUCACACGUAUUAUCCCUGGACAGAGAACCGCUGUCUUUAAAAGAUUUUUGCGCCCUGACAAGGAUUACUUGUCAUUUUCUCUUCUGUAUAAUAAUGGUGAAAGAACUCUUGAUUUGAUAUGCAAGGACAAAGGUGAGGCAGAGGUUUGGUUUGCUGGCCUUAAGGAAUUAAUUUCCAAGGGUCAACGUAAUAGGCGUACUAGAAGUGAAAUCUAUGAUAUCCAUGACAACAAUGACUUCCUUUCAAAUGGUCGUCCUUUUGGUGCAACACUAGAGAUAACAUCAAGUAUUUCCCGUUGUCUGACUUCUUCGAGUUUGUCAAGCUCAGAUGUGGCAUCAGACAAUGCAAAUAUGCAACUAAGAACAAGUAUAGGAGAUGGUUUUCGACUUAGCGUUUCAAGCGCUCCUAGCGUUUCAAGUGGUGGUUCUGGACCAGACGACAUUGAAUCUUUGGGUGAUGUCUAUGUCUGGGGAGAGAUUUGGUCUGAUGGUAGUUUAGCUGAUGGAUCUGCAAACCCUUUCCCAUCAAAAACUGAUGUGCUUCUUCCUAAACCAUUAGAAUCAAAUGUAGUUUUAGAUGUUCAUCAGAUUGCCUGUGGUGUUAGACAUGCUGCUCUUGUUACAAGGCAAGGUGAGGUUUUCACUUGGGGAGAGGAAUCUGGUGGGAGGCUUGGUCAUGGAAUUGAUAGAGAUGUCUGUCAACCUCGACUUGUUGAACACCUGGCAAUCAACAAUGUUGAUUAUGUUGCCUGUGGUGAGUAUCAUACAUGUGCCAUAUCUGUGGCUGGUGAUUUAUUUACCUGGGGGGAUGGUACCCAUAAUUCUGGACUUUUAGGUCAUGGCACAGAUGUUAGCCACUGGUUACCAAAAAGAAUUUCUGGGCCUUUAGAAGGACUUCAAGUUCUAUCGGUUGCAUGUGGCACAUGGCAUUCAGCACUGGCAACUUCUAAUGGGAAGCUGUUUACAUUUGGUGAUGGGACAUUUGGUGUUUUGGGGCAUGGGGACCGAGAAAGUGUCACAUACCCAAGGGAAGUUCGAUCUUUGAGUGGACUAAAGACCAUUAAGGUGGCCUGUGGUGUGUGGCACACAGCAGCUAUUGUAGAAGUUAUCGGGCAAGGUGGUGCAAAUGUUUCUUCUAGAAAGUUGUUUACAUGGGGGGAUGGUGAUAAAUACCGUCUGGGUCAUGGGGACAAGGAAACAAGACUAAAACCCACCUGUGUUUCAUCAAUUAUUGAUUACAAUUUGCACCAAAUUGCCUGUGGACAUAGUAUUACUGCUGUCCUGACAACAUCAGGGCAUGUUUUCACCAUGGGAAGCACUGCAUAUGGUCAGCUGGGAAAUCCUCUGUCUGAAGGUAAGGUUCCUUGUUUAGUGCAAGAUAAAUUGGUUGGUGAGUAUGUUGAAGAAAUUUCAUGUGGCUCGUUCCAUGUUGCUGUAUUGACAUCAAGAAGCGAAGUAUUCACCUGGGGUAGAGGUGCCAAUGGAAGAUUGGGACACGGGGACACUGAAGAUAGGAAAAUUCCUACUCUGGUAGAAGCACUAAAAGAUAGGCAUGUGAAAAGUUUAUCAUGUGGUUCAAACUUCACUGCAAGUAUAUGCAUUCAUAAGUGGGUGUCUAGUGCAGACCAAUCACUCUGCUCUGGUUGUCGACAAGCCUUUGGUUUUACUAGAAAAAGGCACAACUGUUAUAACUGUGGACUGGUGCACUGCCAUGCUUGCAGUUCAAGAAAAGUAUUGAGAGCUGCAUUAGCUCCAACUCCAGGCAAACCACAUCGUGUAUGUGAUUCUUGUUAUACAAAGAUUAAAAAUUCUGAGGCUGGUAGCACCUCAAAUUUCAGUAGAAAGAGUGUUGCGCCUCGACGUUCAGUAGAUAGCAGUGUGAGGUUUGUCAGGGGAGAGGGAAGGUUCUCAAAGGUUCUUCUAGCACCUUCCACAGAACCAAUGAAGUACAUCGAGGUCACGUCAGUAAAGCAGGGGAUGAAAUCUGAACCUCCUAUGAUCCGAGUUCCCCAAGUUUCAUCACUCUUACAGCUCAGAGAUAUUUCUUUUCCAAGUCCACUAAGUGCACUCCAAUUUGCUCUGAAACCAGUUAUUACCUCAGCACCUCAACCGGCAGUGAACUCAAGACCUGCUUCGCCAUACUCAAGUAGGAAGCCAAGCCCUCCACGUGCUUCAACUCCUGUAGUUGCAAACAGUUAUUUGGAUCGUCUCCAUAAAACAAACGAAAAUUUGUUCCAGGAAAAUGUGAAGUUGCAAAACCAAGUCAGAAGUUUAAGACAAGAGCUUCAGAAAUCACAGGAAAGAGCUGAAGAAGCUGCUUCAUUGGCUAAUGCAGAGUCACUGAAGUGCACAGCUGCAAAUGAAGUUAUUAAGUCAAUUGCAGCCCAGGUGAAAGAAAUGACAGAGAAGUUACCUGUGGAAAUUUAUGACAAUGAAACCUUCAAAACCAUGUAUAUCCAGGUUGAAGCUUUGCUAAAAACAAAUGGAAGCCAAGCAGCAACUUCCUUGCAAGAACAUUUAGUGUCUGGCCAACAAGAUAGUCCUGAUAAACCUGUCUUAGAUGAUGAAUCCUUGACCAAUGCACAAGAUGAAAGAGUGGAUGAUACUGGUGAUGCUCCAGGAGCCCUUGACUUAUCACAGAGUGCUGAAGAAAAUGUUGAAAACAGUAAUAGACUGUCCAUUUCUGAUACUGGGGAGACUGUUCCUCAACAAACUACAGAAGACGGAUCAAGAUCAUCAACGAUGAAGAAUGUGAAAGAAACAGAAGUGAUUGAACUAUUUGAACCUGGUGUAUAUGUAACUCUCAUUCAGCUCCGAAAUGGGACCAAAGUGUUCAAGCGAGUUAGAUUCAGCAAAAGGAGGUUUGUUGAGCAUCAGGCCGAAGAUUGGUGGAAGGAAAACAAAGAUAGGGUACUUAAGAAGUACAGCCCCGUGAAGGGCAGUACCCAAACAGGAUCAUCAGUCAAUGUAGCACCGGCUGCUGAGGAAGAUGAGGCAACACCAUCUUCUCAAACAUAGCUGAUCCAUACGAAAGACCAAAGUUAAAUAAGUAGAAAAACCAAUGUAUGAAUUGAUGGAUACAUUAGUUGUAAUCAUGCUCCUAGUUCAGAUUAAGGAAGUAAUAUCUCUGGAAGGACAACAGAAAAUUCACCCUUUGUUAACGUAGCAAGAGCCUAAAUUUACAGUGAGAGGAUGAUGACACAGCAGAUAAUGCGAGGUAGAUAAGCUUGUCUCUAAUUCUUUUAUUCUUUUUACCAUUAAAUUUGUAUUCUUCUUGCUUUGUUUAACACUAGUGUAUAGUAUUGUAAAUCUGUUCUUGUCACAUACACACUCCUAUAGUGGUGAAAUGAGUUGAUUUUCCUU